UUUCACAAUGCCGGGAAGUAUAUCAAGUACUCCGGAGAGUCCAGAUAUAAUGCGUUUUGUAGUAUCAGUUGGUUGUCUCGUUUUUUCACUUAUGCUCACGUCAUUUGGAAUUGUUAAUAAUGCUUGGAUUGUUUUGGACAGACCAAACGAAAACGAUGAGUUUCAGAGAGGAAUUCGAGGACACGAUUGUUACCGUAACAAUGCACCAGGAAACGAGAACAUCUUCUGCCUUCCAUGGGAUUUUGAAGAUAAAGCGGAAAAGUUUCCAGAUCCGUUUACCAAAGUGUUGGCCGCUUCAACUGUUGUUCGAGUGACAUUCCACAUUGCUCUGGUCAUAUUGGCGUUUCAAAUUUUCUACCUCGCAUAUACCAUUGGACACUGUUGUAGCCAGUCAUUUACAGAAUUGACAAAAAAGCGAAAACUCGCAUUUUUCCAUGCAAUGCUCGUUCCAGUUGGCCUUUGGAUUAUUCUCCUACUACUUGUACUUUACGAAACUUACACUGAUAAUCUUCUCCCAUUGUCUCUGAGAAAAGAAGAUUACAAAUACAAAAUCGGAUCCGGCUUUUGGUUUUUCUUCCUCGGUGGCCUACUUCCAUUUAUUGGAGCACUCUACUUCUUGUUUAGAGAGCAGAUGGAUGCAUCGAAAACUCGUCUUAGAGGACUUAUCAAUCGACAUCAGCCAAUACCAUCAAAUGUGAACGAGAGUGACCGUGACGGGGUAGAACUGGUCAGGACAAAUCAUGGAGGAAGGGUGUAGCUUGAGUCUUGCUCAGCAAAAUAUUGUCAAUGUUUCUGAAGCUUUAUGUAUUUUUACCGAUGAUUUUAUCUAACAAGGAAAGGUUUUUAUUUUCCCGUCCCGACAGACAUCAAAACGAGAGAUGUGCAUUCUGCACUCUGAACUCCAACCGUUUUGAUCUGAAAUUUUUUUCUCUACUUUCCAGCCAGUUUUGGCAGACUUUCGACAUUUAAGGAUGUUUAUGGGUAAAUUAUCAUUUCGGAAAUUUUAGUUUUUGAGUGGUACUGAGCCGUUUUCGAUUUGAUGUCUGAGGGUUGAAAACCUUUCCUUGUAGUUCUACAUUACACUAACAAUGCUCAAAUUUUGUUCAGUCCCGCCGAAUUCCAGAUCUCAAUUUGUUUCUAAAUGUAUUUUCAGAAAAAAUAAAAACAUUUUCAAAUGAUGA